CGAUCCUGCAAAGACUGUGGCGUUUACAUCUUAUCUAUAUAGCAGCUUCUUCCUGCAGUUUGACUUCGCGGGAACAUGUAAGUGCAGAUGAAUCUGCUGCUGAUCUCGAAGCAACACAAUUCAUAAUUGUUUUCUCGUAACCACUUUGCCACUCCUCGAACUUCACACAGUAUGGGUCUUCGUAGUCGUCUUGCUAUACCGUCGGCCUCCGAACACGACUACCAUGACCAGAUAUCCACAAACAAGGAACAACAGCCUGUGCCGUUGGGCUCGCGAGAGCGAACGUGGACAUGGCCGAGCUUGUUGGGCUUCUGGGUAGCAGAAGCUUUCUCGAUCUCGAUGUAUCAAGUAUCCUCAACCUCUGUCAGUAAAGGUCUGAAUCCAGGUCUUUCGAUUCUAGCCGUACUCAUUGGACAUUUUCUCGUAUGCAUUCCCGCUAUGCUGGACGGCUACAUUGGUGCCAUGUUCGGCAUCAACUUUCCGGUCUUCACAAGAGCUAGCUUUGGUAUGCGAGGUUCCUACUUCGCGGUCUUCAUCCGUGGCGUGGUUGCUUGCAUCUGGUUCGGAACGCAGAGUUUUCAAGGAGGACAAUGCCUUCAGAUCAUGAUUGAAGCUAUCUGGCCUAGCUUUGAAAACUUCCCCAAUCGUCUUCCGGAAAGCGCACAUGUCACGUCUGCCCAAUUGCUGUGCUUCUUCCUCUUCAUCAUUAUCCAAGCACCACUGCUAUGGCUAAAGAUCUCUAGCUUGAGAUAUAUGUUUAUGGCCAAAACAGUCAUCAUGCCUAUCUUCGGUCUUGUCUUGUUCGUUUGGGCAUUGGUCGCAGCCAAGGGCUUCGGACCAACCUUCUCUCAACCCACUCGUAUCAAGGAUGGCACACCUGCUGCUGUUGUCUUCCUCCAGUGCGUCACCACCGCCAUCGGACCCAAAGCUACUCUCGCGCUCAACAUGCCUGACUUCACCCGGUAUGCCAAACAUCCAAAAGAAGUCUUUUGGACUCAAGCUGUAGGUUUGAUGGUUCUUGUCACCAUGUGCGGUGUGCUUGGAGCCACAGUCACCAGUGCUGCGCAAGUUGUGUACGGUGUUAGCACGUGGAAUCCGCUUGAGGUAGCGAAGCUCUGGGACAACCGCGCAGCUCAGUUCUUUGCAGGUCUCUGCUGGUGCUUCGCUGUCAUCGGAACCAACAUCAGUGCCAAUAGCGUCUCCUUCUCCAACGACAUUGCUCUCUGGUUUCCGAAGUACAUCAAUGUACGACGGGGAGCAUACUUGUGCUGCAUCCUGUCUAUUGCCACUACGCCCUGGAACAUCCAGUACAGUGCCAAGUCAUUCUCUUCCUUCCUUGGUGGCUAUGCUCUUUUCCUCGGUGCAUUGGUCGGCAUCAUAAUCACUGACUUCUGGAUCUGUCGCCGCCGCUCUCUGGACGUACGAGCGCUCUAUAAGAAGCAUGAUGUGCAUCACUUCACCGCUGGGUUCAACAUCCGCGCUUUCAUCGCCUUUUUCUGUGGCAUUGCCCCUAACAUGCCUGGAUUGGCUGCAGCCUGUGGAGCUAGUGGCGUGCCGGCAGGUGCAAGAUAUCUGUACAGUUUGAGCUGGCUGAUCAGUACUCUUGUUGCUGGCAUGGUGUACUGGAUCUCGUUCAAGAUCAAGCCCUUUGAGAUCUCGCCAAGUCAAGAGAUGUACAUGGACGGUGUGGAAGGUUACGAGCCCAGUGUCACUGAAGUUCCUCAGCACACGAAGAAGGAUAUGGAAGAAUGAGCAUGACAAAAAUAUAUAUCAGGGCGUCCAAUUAUGAUUUACGAAUUUAUAAUGCAUGGAGAUUCAACUUAUCUACAAGUAUAAUUAGAGAGUACCAAACAUUAACAAAGAUCACCUUGACACUUUCCCACAUCAUAAAUCAUGUCCAUCAUAAAAUCUAGUUUGCCUGUUCCUGGAAGACUUGUAGAGCGAAUUGCGUGAGGUUGAUCAGCUUGUCG